CGGUGAAGAUCUCUUUUCGACAUCCAUCGAAGGCAGCAAACUUACUUUUUUCAGUGAUCCUCUCUUUCUCUUAGUCUACAAAUUCAACAACCAACAUGGGUCUUUCAGACGAACAAAAGGAAGAAUACGAAGAUUGCUUCAAGCUGUUCGAUAAGGACGAAGAUGGCAAGAUUGAGGCUAGGGAGAUUGCGGAUGUGGUUCGAGCACUUGGACUGAAUCCUUCCGAACCCCAAGUCGAGGAAAUGGUCAAGAAGGUGUCCCCCAAAGGAGGCCCAGUGGGUGUGGAUGCCAUUUUUACCGUCAUGGAUGGACAUGGAAUUGUCAAUGGAACAGCGGAACAAGUGCUCGAGUCCUUCAAGAUCUUUGACAAUCAAGGCGAAGGAAAGAUCCUGGCCACCGAAAUGAAGGCUGUAUACUGCAAUAUGGGCGAGAAAUUUAACGAAGAAGAAGCAGAAAAGCUGAUGAAAGCCUUGCCAGUGGAUGAUAAGGGUUAUGUUGAUUAUGCCGAGUGGACCAAGAUGAUUUUCUCCGCAUAAAAGUCAUGUUCCGGUAUUCUGGAGAGUCGAUCGAGUCUUGGCCAUUUCGUUUUGGCAUGUGUUAGUGACACUAGUAUCCGCAUGUUGGGUGGUCUGAACCAGCAGUCGACAAUUGAUUUUCUGUGGUGGAGCUAUUGAUGGUUUGGCGAUGGCUUCAGUCUACCCGGAUGCGCAUGCUGCUGCAGUAGAAACAAUGAGUUGUGAUUAGUUAGUUGUUAGUUUUUUCCCUUC